CCAGAAAACAUAUCUUCUGUGCAGGAUAACAACAUGGCGACAAUGCAAUCGCGAAAUUUCGUCUUAGGAUGUAGGCUUAGGGGAUUUAUUCUGAAAAGGGGCUUAGUCUCAUCUGCUAGAAAAGUUAGAGUUAUUUGGGACGCAGAUGCAAUUGUCAGUCGGAAUCUCAAAUCCGAAGAUUCUUAUGUUCCCUUGGACCUUUCUCCCACAGAAAGAAAUCAUAAAGACAAAUCUGACGGCAGUUUCAGCGACAGUAAGAGACAUCUAAUUUAUUCACUAGCCUUUUUAACUUGUCUAAACGCAAUGUCGGAUGAUGGAGACAGAGACGAAGAGACAAUUUUUUCUAUAGCAGAUUCUUAUUACGAAAAGAAUGAAACACAACAGCUUUAUUCAUAUUUGUUGAAAGAGAAGAACAGAAAGAAUGCAGAAAUUCUUUGGAGGUUUGCCCGUACAGCAAGAGAUUAUUCGCAGUUAUCAAGUACAGCAAAGGACGAGAAAAGAAAAUUGAUAUAUGAAGGAUUUUCUGCAGCAGAAGAGGCAGUUUCCUUAGAUGAAAAGUCAUUCGGAAGCCAUAAAUGGUAUGGUAUUAUGCUUAGUGAAAUUGGAGACUAUGAAGGAACAAAAAGGAAGAUAGAAAAUUCUUACAAAAUAAGAGAUCAUUUCCUGAAAGCAAUCGAGUUGAACCCUUCAGAUGCAACUUCACAUUACUUACUAGGAGUAUGGUUUUUCACCUUUGCUGAUCUGCCUUGGUAUCAACGGAAACUAGCAGCAACAAUUUUUGCAUCCCCACCAUCAUGCACUUAUGAAGAGGCAAAAAGCCAUUUCAUACAUGCAGAAUCACUUGAUCCUGGUUUCUAUACUGCCAAUCAGCUGAUGUUGGCAAAGGUUUGCAUUAGGCUUGGGCAGAAAGAAGAGGCAAAGUCAUGGCUUGAUAAAUUGCUCAAAUUGCAAGCAAAAACUGAAUCAGAUAAAAAGAAUAUCGAAGAAGGGGAAAGUUUAGCAAAAACACUGUGAUUUUUGUGAGUUAUUCUCCUGGUGAUGCUAUAGUUGUGAUAAAAUCCAUGGCUUCGCAGGAUUUUAUGCGUAAUGAUUUAAAGUUUCAUUGCUAAAUAUAUUUGACAGGUUCAGUCAUACAAGGAAAUUGUUAUGCCUUAUGGCAAUCUUGUUUUGUGUUUCCGGAGCUGAAGCUGGUCUAAGUUAUGUAACUUUUUAGUUUAAUUAUAUCUGUAGAACGUCUUGCAUUUUUGUCAGCACUGUUAUGAAAAAAUUAGGCUUCUUUCUGUCAACCAAGGACUUUCAGAGGGCCUAUUCAAGGUUUAUGGCUUGAUGAAAUCAACCAUGAUUUUAACCUUGUCUUACAAACUUUCUUUCUUUUGAUAUUACUGCCAAAAUCAGUUAUUUCUUUUGAUAAGAAUUUUAAAUGGUUUUGUGUCUUAAAUGUGGCUAUGGAUUUGAAUAAAUGUGUUUAACUUACUGUAAAAAAAUAUGAACUGUGUGGCAUAAUUUUGAAUGACUUCAGAUUGCAGCCUUCAGCUUUUCAUUUUUGUGUGCUUCUGGCUUUUGACCUCCUAUAUAAAGUCUUAUUGCCAAUGUUUGACAAUUUCAAGGAAAAAAAUUCUAAAUUGGUAUAAAACUUGUCAAAAGCUUGCAGUAACUCUGUAAUCAUCUGUUUUUCCUCUGCACCAUGAUCCAUCUCAGUUUCCACAAUAAUUUGCAGAUGCUGAAGCAUUCAGAAUCAUUUGGAGAGCAUUAUUUCUUUAGUUGUAAUCAUUGAUCGAACCAUUUAUCACUCUAUGUUUUGGAAAGGCUUGUUGAACGACAGUUUGUGUCAAGCAAAUUCCGGGAUCAAAAAUUUUUUUUUAAAUCACAGUAACCGUUUUUGAAAUAAAGGCGUUUUAAGUUGAGAAACGACAAUUGUGCCGACAACUUGAGACUUGAGGCGAAAAUCAUCACAAGUGGGCAAUCAUCUUUGACGUCACAAGUGACAUGUUCUCACCACGUAUGUGUUUCUCUAUAAAAACCUUUGAAUGUGAAACCUUUGAAAAAAUGCUGUGGACAAAGGCCAGGUCGAAAACGGAGAAAAGGCGAAACACGUAGAACACACAGAAAAGUGAAAUUUUGCUUUAAGCUUCUGGAAUGGAAAUACAUAAACAAAGCAACAGAGCUCUUUCAAGAAUUGUUACUUGUGACGUCAACCGAGAAUUUCAACAGCUUCUGGCAAUAAUCUUGUUUCCGCUUCGGGAAAUUCCCGAGUC